AUGAAUGUACUGCUAGAAAAAGAAGACCUCAGGUGGAAGCAACGAGCAAAAAGGAAUUGGUACAAGCAUGGUGAUAGAAAUACCAAGUAUUUCCAUGCGUGUGCAAAUCAAAGAAGGAAAAGAAACUGCAUAAAAGAAGUGGAGGAUGAGAAUUGCAGAAUGGUGAAAGGACACAAGGAGGUGGAGGCAGUUUUCAGAAACUAUUUUGAGACUUUAUUUCAAUCCUCUCAGCCUGGAGUAGAGGAGAUUGACAAAUGCUUGCUAGGCAUGAGUGGCAGAGUCACUAAUGAGAUGAAUGACAGGCUGAAGAAGAAGUUUACAGAGAUGGAAGUGACAGAAGCAGUGAAGCAAAUGGCCCCUUUAAAGGCCCCAGGACCUGAUGGUUUUGGGCCUUGUUUCUAUCAAAAUCACUGGGGCAUUGUGUCAAGUGAAGUAUGCAGAGCUGCGCUGGAAGUCCUAAAUGGUAAUUCUAUAGAUCCAAACCUCAAUUACACCAACAUAGUUCUGAUCCCAAAAACAAACUCACCCAGGAAAGUAACCGAGUAUAGGCCUAUAAGUUUAUGCAACGUCAUGUACAAAAUUGUUUCUAAAGCCAUCUCCAACAGAUUUAAGCAUGUCUUAGCUGAGAUAAUAUCACCUACCCAAAGUGCCUUCUUGCCUGGUAGAUUAAUAAAUGACAACAUCAUGGUGGCAUACGAGUUGUUGCACUCUAUGAGAAAGAGGAAGAAGGGGAAAGUGGGGAGUAUGGCUUUAAAAUUAGACAUGUCGAAGGCAUACGAUCGAGUGGAAUGGGGCUUCUUGGAGGCAGUGAUAGCUGGAAAAGAAGUGUUAAUCAAAGCUGUUCUCCAAGCAAUUCCUACCUACACUAUGGGAGUGUUCAAGUUACCCAACAGAUUAUGCAAGGAUAUUAAUGUGAUGCUCUCAAAAUUCUGGUGGGGGAAGCAGAAGGAAGGGAAGGGAAUUGUGUGGAGGAAGUGGGAAGGUUUGAGUGUGCAGAAAAGGUAUGGGGGAAUGGGGUUCAGAGACAUAGAGAGCUUUAAUACAGCCCUCCUUGCUAAACAAGGAUGGAGGUUGAUCAAAUACCCAUCCUCCUUGGCAGCAGUGAUGUAUAGAGAGAAAUACUUCAAAAACAGAAGCUUCUUGGAGGCAAAACUGGGUGCUCAACCCUCAUUAGUGUGGAGGAGUAUCUGGUAUGCCAGGAAUCUGUUGAAAGAAGGUUUGAGAUGGAGAGUGGGGGAUGGGAAGGACAUUAAAAUAUGGGGGUCAAAAUGGUUACCAAAACCAAUAUCUUAUGCUAUCCAAUCCCCAGAAAACCAGAUGAUGAAAGACUCUAAAGUAGAUGAACUUAUUAACACUCAGGAAGGGGAAUGGGAUGAAGUAAAAAUUCGAAGUCUCUUUAUAGAAGAUGAAGCCGAGCUCAUUCUAAGUAUCCCUCUAAGCAGAGGCAACAUGAAGGAUAAGUUGAUAUGGGGUCCUUCCAAAAGAGGUGUUUUUUCAGUUCGUAGUGCUUAUUUCCUGGACCUUGAGAUAAAAGAGAGAAACAAAGGUGAAGGCUCCAUUGAGAAGAAGACAGAUGAGAGAUAG